CUCUUGCUAAUUGCGAUGAUGAAAUCAACCGGCGUUCCUUUUCAUCUUGUAAGUUGCUGCGUUUUCGUUCUCUUCUUGCUUUUACUAACCUCCUACGCCGUCGUCGCCGACGCCGCUAACGACACCGACCGUCAAGCGCUGCUCGAGUUCAAAUCUGCGAUAACCCGGGAUCCUCUACGAGUUCUUGACUCAUGGAACGAUUCGGCUCACUUCUGCGACUGGAAAGGCGUCUCCUGCGACACUCUUCACCAAUCGGUCAUUUCACUGGACCUCAAUUCGAUGCAACUCGAGGGUACACUCUCACCCCAUAUCGGAAACUUGACCUUUCUCGGCGGACUAGAUCUCCAGAACAACGCCUUUCGAGGAUUCAUUCCCCAACAGAUCGGCCGUUUAACCACUCUCUGGUAUCUAGGGCUGGAGAACAACUCCUUUGCAGGGGAGAUUCCGAUCAACAUUUCCCGCUGCCUAAACCUACAGUUCUUGAGAUUAGGCAAUAAUCAGCUCGUCGGAGAACUUCCCGGAGAACUCGGAAGCUUGUCCAAGCUCAAACAGCUCUUCAUUUACUUCAAUAAUCUCACCGGCCCGAUUCCUCCUUCAUUUGGGAACCUAUCGUCUCUCAUCCAGCUUUCCGGAGCUGGAAAUCGUUUCAUCGGCACUCUUCCCUCCUCACUUAGCCGGUUGAAGAAUAUGACAUAUCUAGCCCUAGGGGAUAACUUGCUUUCUGGUACGAUUCCUCUUUCCAUUUUCAACAUGUCGUCUCUCUUCUUCUUGCAUCUUCCCCUCAAUCGCUUCCAUGGAAGCCUUCCAUCGGAUAUAGGUUUCACUCUUCCUAAUCUCGAAGUUAUCAACGUCGCUGGAAAUUUUCUUGACGGACCCAUUCCCAUUUCUAUUUCCAAUGCCUCAAAUCUCAUGAGACUUACAAUACCCGGAAACAAAUUCACCGGAAAAGUGCCGACUUUAGAGAACGUCAAGAAACUCCGGUGGCUAAGUAUUUCUUUCAACAACCUUGGAGGUGACGACGACGAUGAUGAUGAUAUGGGUUUUCUCUCUUCUUUAGUCCACUGUACCGAGUUAGAGGUGUUCGCCAUUAAUGGAAACAACUUUAGAGGCACAGUCCCUGAAGUUGUUUCUAAUUUCUCUUCCCAAUUGAAAAUAAUGGCCAUGGAUGCGAAUCAAAUAAGGGGAAGCAUACCAGGCGGCAUCCAAAAUCUUCAUAGCUUAGAGUUGUUGUACAUGAACAAUAACCGAUUCAAUGGAACUAUUCCAGCUGGUAUUGGAUCUCUUCCAAAUCUAACCGAAUUGAAACUUGGAUUCAACAACUUCACAGGGAAUAUACCAUCGUCCUUAGGGAAUCUCACAUCCUUGACCGAAUUAAGCAUUAAGCAGAACGAUCUGACGGGCAGUAUACCUUCAACAUUAGGAAAUUGCCGGCGAUUAAUUUCGUUGGACCUUUCUGGUAAUAAUCUUAAUGGAAGUGUACCCAUGGAAAUCCUCAGCCUCUCGUCCUUAUCGAUCUCUCUCAAUCUGUCAAAUAACCAGUUGGGUGGUUCUCUUCCGAUUGAAGUCGGAAACUUGAUGAACUUAGCCAAACUGGAUUUGUCUAACAACAAGUUAACCGGAGAAAUUCCUAGCAGUAUUGGAAAAUGUUUAAGUAUGGAAGAGCUAUUCAUGCAGAGAAACUCGUUCGAUGGAAACCUGCCUUCGUCUCUAAGUUCAUUGAGGGCCAUCCAAUUCCUCGAUCUUUCCCAAAACAACUUUUCCGGCAGAAUUCCAACUUCCCUGGAGGACUUAUCCUCUUUGCAGAUGUUAAACUUGUCUUUCAAUCAUUUUCAGGAUGAAGUUCCACUUGGAGGAGUCUUCAAGAAUGUAACCGCCGUUUCUUUAACAGGAAACGAUCAACUCUGUGGGGGAGAAUCAUCGUUCCAACUACCCGUAUGUCGGGUUGUGGGUGGUGGAAAGAAUCGAAAGAAGUCGAAUUUGGUGAAGAUUUUGGUCCCGCUAAUUCUAGGAUUAGUUCUGAUAAUCCUUAUCGUGUUUUCGGCAUUUCUUUAUCGUUCGAAGAGAAAACGUAAACAGCAGCCCUCAACAGAGCUUCCGAUAUUGGCAUCGGUUAUACAAGUGUCCUACGACAAACUCCUAAAAGCGACCGAUGGGUUUUCGUCUGGUAAUUUGAUCGGCGUUGGAGGGUACGGAACAGUGUAUAAAGGUAAUCUCGACGAAUUCGCAACGCCCAUUGCAGUCAAAGUUUUAAACCUUCAAAGACGAGGAGCGAAUAAGAGCUUCUUGUCGGAGUGUGAAGCAUUGAGAAAUAUCCGGCAUCGUAACCUUGUCAAAAUAUUGUCUGCUUGCGCCAGCAUUGAUUUCCAUGGGAAUGAGUUCAAGGCUCUAGUUUACGAUUUUAUGUCCAAUGGAAGUCUCGAGAAUUGGUUACACCCACAAGACGGUUCCAUAAAACUGAGCUUUCUUCAGAGACUUAAUAUAUCUAUCGAUAUUGGUCUUGCGCUGGAUUAUCUACACAAUCAGUGCGAAACCCCGAUGGUGCAUUGUGAUCUGAAGCCGAGUAAUGUUCUUUUAGACAACGACAUGACAGGCCGUGUUUCAGACUUUGGACUUGCCAGGUUCAUCUAUGGAGGAGAAGAAGAAACUGAGAAAAGAAGGGAUGAAACGGAAACAAACACAAUUGGAGUACGAGGAACUGUCGGUUACGCUGCCCCAGAAUAUGGAAUGGGAAGUGAGGCAUCAACAAUUGGGGACAUGUACAGCUUUGGCAUAGUAUUGUUAGAGAUAUUCUGUAAGAGGAGACCAACAGAUGAGUUAUUUAAAGACGGUUUAAAUCUCGCUGGUUUUGCAAAGGCAGCAUUGCCAGAUCGAGUAAUAGAAAUCGUAGAUCCAAUACUAGUUGAAGAAGCCAUCACUCACAACAGCAGCAGCAAUAUUGAAGCUUCUCUGGCUUUCAUAAUUGGCAUUGCUGUUGCUUGCUGUGAAUAUUCUCCAAAGGAAAGAAUGGAUAUUAGUAAUGUCAUCAUCGAGUUGCAACACAUAAGAAGCAAUUUUCUCGUGGCCGCGAAGAAGAAGAAUCUGUCCACACCAUCGCGCGGGUAAUUUGCUUUCAUGGAAUGGAAAGAACAAUCAAAGGAAAGAGUAUUUGUGAUCAUUUAAUUACAUAUUCAAAUGUUUACAUUCAAUCAGAUGGAAGAAAGAAGUAUAGUUAAAUUGAAC